AUUUUCUACCUUGGUCAUCAAUAACUCGAAGGGCAUUGACUCCAUUUGAUCUUUCUCAAGAGGAUUGAACAACUGAUGGUCGGAUACCUCGCGUCCAUCGGCAUUUUCGAAACGUUGGUCUGGUUGAAUAAAGGCGAAAAUGCUGUACCAUUCAUUGACUUGAUCUGGAUCAAGUCUUCUGGCGUCUACGACAUUCCCGAUAUAAUCAAAUUGGCGCAGCACUCCAUCAGAUCCAAUGACUUUGCAGCCAAGGUCAUCACGCAUUGAACUGGACACCUCCAUGACUGGCCGGCUUGUCGAUGACAGUACAGGACCGUCGAGCUCAGAUCCAGCAGUGGCAGGUGUAGACAAUACUCCCGCGGCUUCCGAAUCCGAUCCAGCAGUGGCUGAUGUAGACGAUAACACCGGGGCUUCCGACUCAGAUUCUGCGGUAGCGGGUGUCGCCGGCUUUUCGUUCUGAGAUUUUUCGCUCUGAGAUGGAAUGAGAUUGCCGGUGUACAAAUCUUAAAGGUAGGUCAGGGG